AUGGAUGAAGGCAGUAUCGAGGAAGACGAAGACCAAGAGGUUGAGCAACCUACAAGACGACCACCAGCAUCAUCAUCAUCAUCAGCAUCAACAACAAAACAAACACCAAAAGAUGCAAACUUUAAACAUCUUACAAAGAAUGUUUAUUAUGGUGUAAACUAUCCUGCCAAUGUAGUCAAUAUAGAUAAAUGUUUAAAUACUUUGGGUGGUAUCAAUCAAAUAUCUUAUUGUCUUCAAUCAAAUGAACCAACAGAUCAUUUACAACUUAAUUUCAGACCAAACUAUCCCAAUAGUAGAUCGGCAUUUGGUGAUAAAGCUCCAUCUUGUAAUUUAUUGUUAAGAGUUAGAAAGACGAAACCAUUGGUUGUUAAACUAGAAACUCCUGCUCCACCUUCUUCUUCUUCUUCCUCUUCGACAACAGCAUCGAUAGUACCAAACAAAAAUGAACCACCAUUUCAAGCAGAUAUCAUUGCAAUUAUACCAACAUCUAUCGAUUUUAAUUUUAGAGCACAACCACAAAACAAAGUAAAUGUUGAUAUAGAAUAUACUAGUGGUAAUGAUCCAAACAAAGAAGAACGUCAAGAUGAAGAACUAAAUACAAUACCAUCAAUCUUUUCUCGUAUUGAUAAACCACAAAACUAUCAAUUCAAAAUUAAUCCUUUGGCUACAUUUGAUCCAGAUGUAUUGUAUACCCAAGUCAUCGUUGUCCAAACAAGACAAUUUACACUCAAAUCUAGCUUUGCAACUGCAUUUAGAACAAAAGUGGUUCAAUUCCCAGCUGGUAUCACACCUCAAGAACCGUUACAGAAAUUUGUGUCAAAGUCUCCAAACUCUACUUUACAAAGGACAUAUAAUGUACUCAAAGAAAUGUUUGAGGAAAGACCUAUAUGGUUGGUAGAACCACUUAAAGAUUAUCUUCAAAAGAGAGGAGGUUUCCUCAAAGAUAUUAGAGCAACACAACCCUAUCUUUCUUAUUCAUUUAAAAAAGGUCCUUGGAGAAAUUGUUAUAUUCGAUUUGGUUAUGAUCCAAGAAUUCGUAAUGAAUCAAGAAUUUAUCAAGUUGUAGAUUUUAGACUAGAAACACAAGAUGAAGAGGGAACUGGUAGAGCACCUGCUAAAAGAUUUACUGCACCUAGACGUAAACCUAACAGUGUUCCAUUCAAUACAUUUAGUCAAAAUGAAGAUAAUCAACCAAAAGAAAGUAGUAUUAAUAGUACUAUUGAUAAUAAUAAUAAUAAUAAUAAUAAUAAUAAUAAUAAUAAUAAUAAUAAUAAUAAUAAUAAUAAUAAUAAUAAUAAUAAUAAUAAUAAUAAUAAUAGUGAUUUAGAUAAUAGUCCAAAUGAUGAUAAUGAAAAUAAUAAUAAUAAUAAUCAUAGUCAUCAUGAACAACCAGAAUAUGUACCACCUUUAUAUGAUUAUACUUAUAGAGAAUGUCCUACCCGUUCAUCAAUCUUUUUCCAAAUUAUUGAUCUUGAAGAAGAAAAUGAUCAUCUUCAAAUUAAAAAAACUAUAAUGUCUGCACCCAUGCCAACACAAUGCGAUAAAACGAUGGGUUGGCUUUUCAAAAUGGAUUGGGAACGCCUCUAUCGUUUGAUCAAGGAUAAAUUUGGGCUUAAACUACCAUUAAAGUAUACACUCAAGGGCCAAGGACGUAAAAAGGGUUCUACUAAAAAGAAUGCUGCCAAAUCAAGAAAAAAUAACAACAAAAUGGACCAAGACGAAAAGAUGAGCGAAGAUGAAAACUAUAGUGGAGCCAACAACAUGCACGAUGACGAUGGAUACCUCUCAGAUGACGAUGAAAUGAUAGACGACGAAGAAAUACAAGAUGACCAAGAAGAUUCAUCUUUGGAGGAGGAAGAGGAGGAUCAAAUUGAAGGCGAAGGAGGAGAUGAUGAGCAUCUUGGACAAAAAGAUAUUCUUAGUCAGUUGAUUGCAGACCAAGUUGAUGAGGAUCAAAACAAAUUCGACGAUGGUGGAGUAUUUGAAUACUUUGAUGGUGAUGAUCUAGAACAAGAUGAUGACGAAGAAGAUUACACACAAAACGAUCCCAAUAAAAAUGUAACUCCAAAGAAUUAA